AUGAACCACUUCCCCCAGGCUUGGGGUCGACCCAGAGACGACGUUUACGGUCCUUAUGACCGUUCAUACCUGCAAACAUCUGCGCCCAUAACCCAUACUCAGUCUCCCGCCGUCACAGGUACAUCAGUACUAGGAGUCAAGUUCAAAGAUGGCGUUGUUCUCGCCGCAGACAACCUAGCUUCGUACGGUUCCCUGGCUCGUUUCACCGAUAUCAAGCGCCUACGCACCUUUCCUCCAAACACGGUCAUCGGUUUCGGUGGCGAUGUGUCAGAUAUGCAAUAUCUCGACCGGUUACUUCAGUCCCUCGACAUUCGAGAGAACUACCUGUCCUCUUACGGACACACCCUUAAUGCCAAAAACCUGCACACGUAUCUGUCGAAGGUGCUUUACAAGAGAAGAAGCGAGUUCAACCCGUUAUGGAACAUGAUAUUGGUGGCUGGACUGGACGACGACGAAAAGCCGUUCCUCGCCGCAGCCGACCUUCUCGGAACCACAUUCUCCAGCCCGACAUUGGCCACAGGGUUUGGUGCACACCUGGCACAACCCCUGUUGCGCAAACUGAUGCCGCAUGACGAAGACAGUGUAAAGGACAUUACUGAGGAAAUGGCUGUCAAUGCCAUCAAGGAAUGCAUGAAAGUGCUCUUCUACCGAGACGCCCGGAGUUUGGACAAGUACAGCAUUGCUGUGGUGAGGAAGGACGGAGUGCAGCUCAAAGAAGACGAGAGACUGGAGAAUCAGAGUUGGGCGUUUGCGGACCAAAUUCGAGGGUACGGGACACAAGUCAAUUAG